AUGCUCCUGGUUCGACCCACGCUCGACGCUGCCUGGCCGGCCAUCGCCGCGCUAGGCGCCGUAGGCGCCAUCGUUGCAGGACCGCGGCUGGCCCGAUGGGCCGCGGUGAGGCUGCAGCUCUUGUUUGUGCACAUCUCGCUGCUCCGUCUGUCAGAGGGCGGCUCCGUCUUCUCUUCGUGGCGCGGCGUUGCCGCGUGGCCCCUGGUGCAGUACGAACUGUUCAAGCUCCUGUCGCUCGAGGCCUCGCAUCGCCUCGACUCGUUUGGUCACGUCGACACAGGCGUCAAGCGGGGCGGCGGGAGGCGCUGGUGGUGGCCGUUUGCCGCGGCAGGAGGCGGCGGCGGGAUGGGCGGCGGCGGCGGGAUGAGCGGCGGGAUGGUGAUAAAGGACCUGGUCCUCGUCGGCGGCGGCCACUCCCACGUGCACGUCCUCAAGAUGUUUGGCAUGCAGCCGCAGCCGGGCGUGCAGCUGACGCUCAUCACGCGGGACGUCGACACGCCUUACUCGGGGAUGCUACCAGGGUACGUGGCCGGCGCGUACUCGCGGCGAGAGUGCCACAUCGACCUCGCGCGGCUCGCGGCCUUUGCCGGCGCGCGACUCAUCCACGCCGAAGCGACCGGCGUGGACACUCGCGCCAGGCCGCCUCAGCCACUGCGCGAGGCGGCCGUGGCGCGCUCCGCCGACGCGUGCGUCACUCCGGUCAAGCCGAUCGACGGCUUCUGCGCGCGCUGGGACGCGAUCCUCGCCCGCACUUUCUCCGCCGCCGCCAACGCCGCGGCGCCGCCGGUGCGGGUCGUGGUCGUCGGCGGGGGCGCGGGCGGCGUCGAGCUGGCGCUGGCGAUGGAGGCGCGACUGACGAGGCGCCACUCGCGGCGGGCCGAGGCCCGUCCCUUGAGGCGUCGGCUCGUUGAGUCAGGCGCGGCUAAGGCGCGAGCUAAGGUCGCGAGGGCGGGACGCGUCCGCGCUGCGAGCACGCCGCUGCAGCUCGACGAGCGCGGCUUCGUCGCCGUGGGAGAGACGCUCGAGUCGGUCAGCGCCGCCGCCGUGUUUGCCGCCGGCGACGUUGCCGCCGUGCUCAAGCACCCGCGGCCAAAGGCGGACGUCCUCGCUCGCGCGCAGGCGGGCGUCUUUGCCGUGCGGCAAGGGCCGCCCCUCGCCACCAAUUUGCGGCGCAAGCUGCUCGGCAAGCCGCUGCUGCCCUUCACGCCGCAGGACCGCUUCCUGGGCAUCAUCGGCACGGGCGACGGCGGCGCGGUCGCCUCCAAAGGACCGCUCUGCCUCGAGGCGCCGUGGCUGUGGGGCACCUGGCGAGGGCUGGAGCUCGCCCGAGACGACCAAGGCUGCCUUCCGCAGAUGGACGCCGCGCCAGACGCGAGCGCCGUGCCCGAGGUGGCGGCGGCGGCGGGCGACGAGGCGUUGCGCACGCUCUCGCACGCGUCGAUGCGGUGCGGCGGCUGCGGUGCAAAGGUUGGCGCGACGGUGCUCUCGCGGGUGAUGGCGCGGCUGCGCGCGGAGGGCCAUUUGCCCGAGGCGAGGCACCACACUGUCCUCGUCGGGCUCGAGGCGCCGGACGAUUGCGCCGUCCUCGCGCCGUCGAGCAUGCCGUCCGUCCACUCCGUCGACUUCUUCCGCUCCUUCCUGCCCGACCCCUUCGUGUUCGGGCAAGUGGCCGCCAACCACGCCCUCUCCGACUGCCACGCCAUGGGCGCGCCGCCCGCCGGUGCCCUCGCGGUGGCGGUCGUCCCGUACGGGCUCGAGGCGAAGGCGACGCUCUUCCAGAUGAUGGCGGGCGCCUGCCGCACGCUCGGCGAGGCGGGGUGCGCGCUACUCGGCGGACACACGUGCGAGGGCGCAGAGCUCGCCCUCGGCUUCGCCGUCAUCGGGUACGCGCCCAAAGAGGCGAUGAUGCACAAGGGUGGCAUGCGGGCCGGCGACGCGCUCCUCCUCACAAAGCCGCUCGGCACGGGCGUCCUCUUCGCCGCGGCGAUGCGCGGCGCCGCGCCCGGCGCGGCCCUCGCCGCGGCGACCGAGGGGAUGGUGCGCUCGAAUGCGCCCGCGGCGGAGGCGCUGAUCCGCCACGGAGGCAACGCGUGCACCGACGUGACCGGCUUUGGGCUGCUCGGCCACCUGCUCGAGAUGGCGUCCGCCUCAAAUGCGCGCGUCCGGCUGCGGCUCGGCGACGUGCCGAUCCUGCCCGGCGUCGAGGAGUGCAUCGGCCAGGGCAUCUUCUCGUCGCUGCAGCCCGCCAACCUGCGGCUGCGGCGCGCAAUCUCCAACGAGGCGCAGGCGGUGCAGCACCCCGCGUACCCCGCCCUCUUCGACCCGCAGACCGCCGGCGGGCUCCUCUCGUCGGUGCCGGCUGACCGGGCCGAGGCGUGCGUGCGGGAGCUGCGCGCUCUCGGUUUCACGUCUGCCGCGGUGAUUGGCGAGGUGACCGAGGUGCUCACGCCCGAGGAGGCGUGCCCCGCGUCGCUCAUCGACGUCGCCGUCGACUGAGUCCCCGCAGACUCGCUCCGACACCACUCUUCCCGCUGUGAGCUGUGCCCCGUGGGCGCAGGCAGGCGGAGAUAAAAGACACGCGGCGGGACGCGCAGUGGCCAGCCAAAGUGGUUUCCGGGGGGGGGGCACGUGCCCCUGGCCUUGGUCGGGAAUCAUGGUUUAUUUUUUAGCUGUGUGGGACUGGGUGC